UAGAUGCAGGGAUUUUCUGUCUGAAUUCCUUGCAAGCAGAUUGACGAUCAUGUGAACGGUUCGGGAUAAAUGAUCAUGAAUGCAGCAUGGAUUAAUAAGUAGAAACAACGGUGCCUCCGUUUAAUUGAUUUCACAUUUCAAGUCUACUGGCCGUGCGGCUUGUUUAGUCUUUCUGGCGACUGGUGUUUGGCUCCAGUAUCAGCUCCAGUGCUACAGUGGUGAGGAUUUGAAGCUAGCUGUCAAGCAGUAGCCCACUAGCAAGCCACAUCAGCACCGUUGCUAUUGGUCAGUCACGUUUGCAUCAGUAGAUUUCAUUAUGGCAGACAGUAUCAUGAGCAAGGCUGCAACCAUGGAGAUCCCCAUUAAUAGCAAUGGAGACACAGGAACCCUCCCAGAGGAUGACAGCCUGGAGCAGGAUCUGCAGCAGGUGAUGGUGUCCGGACCCAACCUGAAUGAAACCAGUAUUGUCUCAGGAGGUUAUGGAGGACCUGCAGGGGGCAUCAUCCCAACCAGCACUAUCAAAGGACCUGCAGUUCGCUUCAACCCUGAGUAUCUGGACAGAAGACGAGCCCCUGCACCAGGACCAGACAUUCGCAUGAAAUCCAGGGGUGUUAACAUGCCUAACAGUCAAUCUGCAGCAAGUCGACUUGCCCACCACACAGAGCAGCAUCCAGGGUCGUCGAACCAUAACACGAAUUCAACUGAAGAAGUUUCUCGUGGUGUCGCAGUGGAGAAGCUGGACAGCGUAAAGAAAUGGGGCAUAAACACAUACAAGUGUACAAAGCAGAUGUUCUCAGAGAAGUUCGGCCGAGGCUCACGGACAGUAGACCUGGAACUUGAGGCUCAGAUUGACGUGUUAAGAGACACGAAGAGCAAGUACGAAAACAUCCUAAGACUGGCCACCGCACUCACUGACCACUUCCAAAGAAUCGUGCAGACACAGCAGGCUCUAGGAGAUGCCUUCACCGACCUCAGCCAGAAGUCCCCGGAGUUGCAGGAUGAGUUUGGGUAUAAUGCAGAAACACAAAAGCUGUUGUGUAAGAAUGGCGAGGCUCUUCUCGGUGCCAUCAACUUCUUUGUAUCUAGUGUCAACACGCUGGUCAACAAAACAAUGGAAGAUACUCUGAUGACGAUUAAGCUGUAUGAAAAUGCAAGACUUGAGUUUGAUGCCUAUCGCUCUGAUCUGGAGGAACUGAGUUUGGGUCCAAGGGAUGCAGCUGGCAUUGUUCGCAUUGAGAUGGCUCAGGCUGAGUACCAGGUCCACAGAGACAAAUAUGAAAGGCUGCGCAGUGAUGUCACCAUCAAGCUUAAAUUCCUGGAGGAAAACAAGGUGAAGGUGAUGCACAAGCAGCUGCUUCUCUUCCAUAACGCCAUCUCCGCUUACUUUGCUGGCAACCAGCAGCAGUUAGAACAAACUCUUAUACAGUUCAAUGUAAAGUUAAAGCCCCCAGGAUCAGAUAAGCCGUCCUGGCUGGAGGAGCAGUAAAAUGCACCCAGGGUGCAGCAUUUUGAGAUGUGCAGUGACACGCUGGCAUUGUGGUUAGAUGGAGAGGAACAUGCAUAAAGGAGUAUAUUGUAGGAUCAGUAGCAGCCAGAUAUAGCUCUUUUGUAAUGUUUUCCAGUCUGAUUUAUUACAUAGAUGAACAACUUUUGAAGUUGUUCUCAUGUUGUUUUAUUUUUUUUUGUUAAAUCACAGUUACCUUAUGUUAUUUUCUUAUUUAGUUGGCACAAUCAUUUAUAUCACAUAUAUGUACAGGACAGUCAAAUAUUGUGGAGAUUCCUCUUUGCAGUUUGCACAUGCAUUAUUUUGAUGUAUUUUUAAUGUCGUCUAAUGUUUCCUUUUUUAAUAUUUCGGUGUAUAUCAGACGGGAAGAAAUUUUUCGAUUCAGAUUAACAAGUUAGCAGGAUACUGUUAAAAAGUUAUGACACGCUUUCUGAAAUUGUAUCUAUUUUCCUUAUGCACAUUCAAGCGUAUUCAUGAGCUGAGUUUGAACACAUUUGAGUCAAAGACACCAGGAUAUAGCUUCACUUUAAAAAAAAUGGGUAGUUAACACGGGGGUGAA